CUCCGGCCCCUUGUCUCUGUGUUUCUCCCGUGCACUUGCCCUUUCCCCUCCUUUCCCCCUUGACUUGAGCAUGUUCCGGCUGCUUCCCUUCCGUUCGCCCAUGGGCGCGUCGCUGCGGCAGGCACCGAGGCGUCUGCAUUCUGGCUGCUCGGGCGGCAGCGAGGCGCAAAGCAGCCGCGCCGAGGCUCUGAAGGCGCACCAGGCGGCGCGCAUGGCCCGAGGCCUUCCCCGGCGUCAGGGCCUGCCGGGCGUGCGGCACAUCAUCACCGUGGCCUCCGGCAAGGGGGGCGUCGGCAAGUCCACCGUGUCCACCAACCUGGCGGCCGCCCUCCACCACCACUCCGGCCUGCGAGUUGGCCUGCUGGAUGCCGAUGUCUUCGGGCCAAGCAUCCCUCGCAUGGUCAACUCCGAGGGCAUGGAGGCGCUGGUCGACGAAUCGAACAAACUCAUUCCGGUGCAAAACUACGGUCUUCAGACCAUGUCCAUGGGCUAUUUGGUCGGGCCGGACUCGGCUGUUGUCUGGCGCGGCUUGAUGGUUAUGAAGGCCAUGGAGCAGCUCACCAAGCAGGUUGCCUGGAAGGACCUGGACGUCCUCAUUGUCGACACCCCGCCUGGAACCGGCGACACGCACCUGAGCCUCUUCCAGACUCUGCCCAUCAGUGGCGCCAUCAUCGUUUCAACCCCCCAGCACAUUGCCCUCGGCGAUGUGCGCAAGGGCAUCGACAUGUUCAAGAAGGUCAAUGUCCCGAUUGUCGGCCUCGUCCAGAACAUGUCCCUCCAUCAGUGCACCCGCUGUGGCCAUGUCGACCACAUCUUUGGCUGCGAUGGGGUCCGUGACCUCAGUGACGAGUAUGGCAUCCGCCUUUUGGCGGAUCUUCCCAUCAAUGCGGCCAUCUGCGAUGGCGCAGACCAUGGCAAGCCCAUCGUCCUGUCGCAGGCUUCCUCGCCGGCUGCGAUGGCCUUCCACUCGGUGGCUGACGCCGUUGCGGACCAUCUCCGACGGAUGGACGAGGCCGCUGCCGUGGACGCCUGAAAUGGGCCGGCCUCCCUCCCGGCCCUUGGGGGUGCCCCCGCUCCUCGAGGGACUCUGUGCAAUAGCAAAUUGGACCAGGCAAUUUCAGGC